AAAACCUACUGUCACCUCUAGUUUUGAUACUUCCAUUUAUCUAUUGGGCAUUUGGAAUGCAUCAUCAAAAUUCAAACCUAUAAAAUAAGAGUAUGGAAUAGAGUAAUUUCUAAUUUUAUUCUAUUAACACCUCCCUGCUAAUUAUUAAUUUAAUUAAUCUAAUUAACUGAAAGAAAAUGGUGAGAUCAUAUUCAUUGCUUGACUUGAAAGCAGUUGCAUUCCCCAGUCAUACCAAGCUUGUGGAAAAAGCUUACUGCACUUUUGACAAAAUAUCUGUCCAUAAACUUCCGUUUUCUGUUCCACUCAAUCGUUGUUUCAGAAAAACACUAUCAAUGGCGCUUGACCCAGUCAAAGAGCCACAGAAAAUUACUGUGCUCAACAAUCAAAAUGAGAAGCUAGUUGGGCUGCUACAUGAUACAAGAUCCAAAGAUUUGGUGAUAGUCUGCCAUGGGUUCACAAGCAGCAAGGAGCAACACAUCAUGGUAAACAUCUGUUGUGCAUUGGAGAAGGAAGGGAUAAGUGCCUAUCGAUUUGAUUUUUCUGGAAAUGGAGAAAGUGAUGGUUUGUUUGCCUAUGGAAACUACAUGAAAGAGGUGGAAGAUUUACGAGCUGUUGUUGAGCACUUUAAUAGUGCAAAUCAUAUUGUUAGCGCAAUUGUUGGGCAUAGUAAAGGAGGUGAUGUUGUCUUGUUGUAUGCUUCGAAAUAUCAUGAUAUCCCUGUGGUUGUCAAUCUGUCUGGCCGUUAUGACUUAAAGAAAGGCAUUUCAGAACGUUUGGGUGAAGACUUUAUGGAAAGGAUCAAGAAGGAUAAGUAUAUUGACGUUCAGAGUCAAAAGACAGGAAAAGUGUUGUAUCGUGUGACAGAAGAGAGUAUGAUGGAUCGCUUGAAUACAGACAUGCAUGAAGCUUCCCUUAGGAUUGACAAAAAUUGCAGGGUGUUUACUGUCCAUGGAUCUGCUGAUGAAAUUAUACCUGUCGAGGAUGCAUACGAAUUCUCCAAGAUAAUACCGAAUCACAAAUUGCACAUCAUAGAAGGAGCAAACCAUUCUUUCACUGAACACCAAGACGAGCUUGUACCCGUUGUCACAGACUUCAUUAAGUCGUGUUUGCAGCCAGAUAAUGAACGCUCUAGUUAGGUAUGGUUUGUACGAGCAGAUCGUCUUUUCUUAAAGAUUUCGUAGCUCCAAGAUUGCACAUAGCCAAGAUCUGAAUCUGUGGCUAUCAUUUCAGCUAAUGCCUUAUAUAUGUUCAAUGCAUACAUUGUCUAACUGUUUGAUUUGACUGCUCCAUGCACUUCAUUAUAGUGUGUACUUUCGUAACAUUCUGUAUACUCAAAAGCUAUUUAUGUAUACUCCCGUCUCGCUUUAACGCUAUCAUUGAUAUACCUACCCUUGUAGGAUUGGAUCGUUAGAUUGUAAAAACGUGUUAUAAUCCUAUCACCCAUUCUUGAUAUUGGAAGGAUCUUAUGAUCCUAUCAUUAUUAAGAUCCUACUUAAGAUUCGAGUCACUUUUAUAUUUUUGGAUCGUAGAGUUAUAAAAUUGUAGAUUUGACUAUGAUAACCAUGGAUAGACCUGUUCCUUUGAA